UCUCCAAAUGAGCUGUUGAAGAAGUAUGACUAUGACAACAAUGACAUACUGAAUGUGAAAGAGGAGAUACCUGGUCUGAACACAGAGUUGUUCAUGAGUGUACCAAGAUUGGGACAGACAUUUAAAGAUGCAGACUCAAGUGGCAUCCCUCUAGCCGUGUUUGAGAUGGAAAAUUUGAGAGAGCUUCGUCUUGCCAACCAGGGCAUAAACUCAGUUCCACAAACCAUUGCCAAGCUGAAGAGACUGCGGGUCUUGGAGUUGUCUAACAAUCCCCUUCUGGAGAGUGUUGCGGGAGAAGUGGCCUUCUUACCCAUUAGAGAUAAUGUUAGCCAAGGCUUGAAGCUGGAUGGAUGCCCUUCCCUGAAGAGUCCUCCGAAUGACAUAGUGGGCAGAGGAGGAGGAGCUGUCAUCAGCUUCCUCAAACGUGUAGCAGGUGGCUUUACUGUCUGCAGGAGGACAAAGCUCAUGUUUGUUGGACUGGGAGGAGCUGGGAAAACAAGUUUGCUGCGUGCUUUAAUGAGUGGUAACUACAAAACAAAAUCAUUGGGUGCCAAGGAAGUGACCGAUGGCAUUGACAUCAAAGCAUGGACAGUGAAGAAGAAUGAUGGGCCAGAAGUGACCUUCAGCACUUGGGAUUUUGCUGGACAGAAAGUGUACUACAACACACAUCAGUUUUUCCUGUCCAGUAGAGCAGUGUACCUUCUGCUGUGGACCACCAGAUCUGGCUACGAACACGCAGGACUGGAGUUCUGGCUGAGCUCCAUCGCCAGUCACGCUCCUGGAGCACCUGUUUUUGUCAUUGGGACGCGAGCAGAUGAGGUUGAUAAGCCAGAAAUUCCCAUGGAGAAACUACAGAAGAAAUUCCCCCAAAUUGCCGGCUUUCAUUUCAUCAGCUCUCUCACUGGACAGGGUAUCCGUGUGUUGGAGGACCGGCUGGUGGAUGUGACUUUGGCACAGAAAUAUAUGGGUGAACAGAUCCCCACUGUCUGGCUGAAACUGGAGACCGCUAUUCUCACCAUGAAGGAGAAGAAGAAAGUGAGCAUUGUUAAGUGGGAAGAGAUUGCUGCAAUGGCAAAUGAAGUUGGAAUUUAUGAAGAAGAUGAUCUGAAGGAAGCCAUCCAGUUCCUGACCUACCUCGGCUCAGUCCAGUAUUUUGACAACGAGUUCCUGAGGAAAUACGUGGUCAUCAACCCGCAGUGGAUUGCUGAUGUCAUGGCAUGUGUUGUGUCCAUUAAGGCCAAUGCCAUUAAGGAUGGUCGCCUCAACCACUCGGACAUCGGUGUCAUCUGGAAGGCGUAUGACAAGGAGUAUCACGAGUGGCUGCUGAUGUUGACCCAGGAGUUUGAUCUGACCUUCCCCUUGCCAGAUCAGAAGGUCAACCUGGUCCCUUGUCUGCUGCCUGGAGAGGAGCCAAAGUAUGACUGGCCUGAGCUGGAGGCAGACUCGGGGAUCAGAGAGACCAGGAUGUUGUAUCAGUUCACAUAUUUGCCAACUGGAUUGUUCAACAGGGCACAGGUGAGACUGUUCCAGUUCACAGACGGCAAGGCAAUUUGGAAGGAAGGAUCAUUCCUGAAGAAGAAUGCCCAUAUUGCUCUCAUAAAGCAGACAAGAGAGAAUGAACUGUCAGUGAAGGUUCAAGGUCCAGAGCCAGAGAAUGUGUUGCUGUUGAUUCACGAGGUGUUUGAAGGUUUGAUAGCCGAGGCCUACCAUGGGGUCACCUACACCUACCUUGUCCAGUGCCCUGACUGUGUGAACAAACAGCGAACACAUGAUCCGUUUCUGUUCCCCAACAACUUGAUCCGCCAAGCGUCUAACCAUGCUGGAGCUUUCCUGCAGUGUCACAGGUUCUUCCACAGCAUCUCCCUCAAUGAACUGGAAGCCAUAAUGCCGCCCGACAGCAAGAGUGACCUGGACAUGCAGCUGGAGAAUUCUAUCAGGAAGUUACGUGACAUGAGAAAGAACAACUCCACCGACAUCUUGGUAUCCUACUGUGCAGCUAACCUGACUGAGAAUGCCGCAGAUCCCAUUAAAGUGGUUCAAGAUAUCAACAACAUGGGCUACACCUGUUGGUUUGAUGAAGAUAUUGGGACUAAGACAUUGAGCGACUUCAUUGUUCCUCUCAAAGAUUCAAAGCUUCUAUUGGCAAUGGUGUCCAAGGAGUAUGCAGAAGAUGAGAAAUGUAAGGAGCUCUUUCAGUAUGCCAGCCAGAAGCUGAAGAAACCGUAUGUCAUAGUCACCAUUACCAAAAGUUUUGAUUGGACAAAAAGUGAACUGGGCAUGAAUAUUGGACUCCAAGAAAUCUUUGUUGACUUGUCAAAGGAGGAUGUUUAUGAUACAAAGCUAGAUGAACUGAAGGAGAAGUUGAAGUCAAAACUGGAAGAAGAAGAGAAGAAAGAGCAAGAUGCUGUGGACGUAUUCAUUAGUUACUGCUGGUCCAAUUCUCACGAUGCUGUGAAGAAAGGCACCGCCGAAAAGGAUGGAGCCCUUGGAUGGGAAAAGGGAGACCCCCGUGAAAUUAGAAGCUACCUGGAAUCCCAGGGAGUGAGGUGCUGGCUUGAUAUUGAGCAAGCUGGAAAGACUGGUUUGUUUGAAGACAUCAGUGAAGGGUUGAAAAAGGCCAAGGUGGUUGUGGCAUGUGUCUCAGAUGAGUAUGCCAACUCACCUAACUGCAUGAUGGAGCUACGAUUUGCCAUGCUGAACUUACGCAAGCCUCUGGUGGCGUGUGUGGUGGGAACUAAGAGCGAAUGGGAAACCAGUGAGGUCAGCAUCCUUCUAAUGCGUGGACGGGCCUCUGACACAAGUAAGAAGAAUACUCUUCCCCCCAAGUUCAACUUUCAGCAGAAUCUGAAGGAAUAUCCACCCAUGUUCCUGAAGAAAAUACAAGACAGAAUUGCUCAGGUGAAGGAGGAAAUGGAAAAGAAAGAAGCUGUCAAGGCCCAACCUGCGGAAGCUGCAGAUCACACGCCAGCAGCGGAGAAACGACAGAAACAAGAGAAAAUUGUCUCUUUCCAGGAGGAGUUUGAGCUCAUCCAGAGAAAACUGAUGAGGUUUAUUGAAGUCCACCAUGCCAUCAAUCUUGAUAUCAUGCCGUACCCAAAACUGUGCGUACUGGAUUACGUGGACCUGGAAGGUCAUGCUGAGGCCAUCAAGAAGAGUAUGGUCAAUCUUCAGCCACCUGUCAGUGAUCCCGAUGAUCAAACUGGUCAGCACCGCAAGUUGGUAUGCAAGAUUCUCUGUGAAUAUGAACAGGGCUGGCACUUGAGUGGGCCACCUAUCCUCCUGAAGCUGAAAGACCAGGAGAAGUUUAUAGCGGACUCGGCAGCCUAUCUGGCCAGAAUGAAUGCCGUUCUCAAACACAGUGGGGUCAACCUGACCUGUAUGGGGGGCUCGGACGAGGCACUGGAGUUUGUCAGAGACAUUGAGCUGAAAGGAACAGACACUUCUGGCUUUGCCAAGGCCUUCAAACAUUUCCGUGAAGAGGUGAUGAAGAAUGAUGUGCAUAAAGUUAGAGGACAUUUGAAAAGAUGUUUGCUGCCCAGUGGUAAAAUCCGCUGGUUGUGUCCCAAGCACGCAGAUGGACCUCGUAUAACUAUCUUGAACAGCGACCUGGCCACAGCCAAAGAUGCUGUGUUGCCGUACUCGAAAUGUGAUGAAGAAACAAUGCAGCUCAUCAAAGCGGAUUCUAAAUAUGAGCAAACUGUACAGGCCAGACAGACCCAGGGGCAGGAUGCAGCCAGCGCCCUGAAAAUCACUGCCCAAGACCUGCAAGCUCCUAGAAUUGCAGAGCAUGUGACCAUCAAUGGUCCCGCCUCACCAAAGAAAUUGGAAAAGAAAAAAUCUACCAGAAAGAUGAAAGCUACACAAGCUGCUGCCAGAGUUGCUGGAUCAUAUGCCAAGGCCAAGAAGAACAAUUCUGUGGCCCAGGAGAGUAAUGGUCAGGCACCUGCUCAGGCACCUGCCCAGGCACAAAGUGAAGGAAAUGGGGAGAAGAAGAGCAAAGCGUGUGUGAUAAUGUAAUUAUAUAAUCCUCAAAGUCAACAACAGUUGUUGCCUGGCUGAUUUUGUCAGUGUCAUAUGAGGAUGUGACUUUGUGGAAGUAUAAUUAUUUAAGCAAGAGGUUCUGAUGUUGAACUAUUCAUUAUUCCCAAAAUUUUGAUUUUACAAGUGUGCUUAUGCAAUUAAUGUUGUGAUAUUUCUGCUUGAUUGUAAUUUUCAACCACAAAUCAGGGAUAGAAAGUUCCCUCCCUCUAGAGAAUCACCUCAUUAUUCAAACAAGAAAUUUGAAAGCUGCUGGAGUCUGAAUAAAAUUUUAAGAAAGGGAACGUUUCUGGAGGGUGAGAGUUUUCCUCCUUUUUUUAAGGCUGAUCUCUUUCCAUCACCGAUAAAUAUAUUUACGAGGUGAUAUAUAUUAUGUUCACAAUUUGAUAGUAGUAUU